GGUAAGAGGGUGAAACAACGUCGCAUUUUCAACGUUGAUCCAAUUUGCAAAAUCGAAAGGUAAUCCAACAUUAAUUCAACCAUAAGACGGUGAAACCACGACGCGAUAUCAACGGUGAAACAACGUCACAAUAUUAACGUUGAUCCAAUUUGCAAAACCGAAAGGUAAUCCAACGUUGAUCCAACCAUGGUACCUGACGUUGUUUCAAUGUUGAAUAAACAUUGAAAUGCCGGCUGGGACUUCUUCACCCGCAUAACUCUCACGUAAAGAUUGCUCAUUGUUUGUGUGAUAUCAACUGGCUCGCCUUCAUGGUGUAAAAUGGAAAUAUUUUCAAUAUUGCGACGUGGCAUUUUACUUUAUCACCAGUUGCUGAUGAUGGACACUGAUUCACAUAUCGUCCACGUCAUUUCCCGUGAUAAUAAAUUUAAGUGAAUUAUUAAAUAAAUGAGUAAAUAAACAAGCAAACUUAAAACUUGUUUGCUUACAAUUUCUGCGAAUAGUUUGCUGAUGCAGGUAAAAAAACCAACAAAAAAACAUGUUUUGUACCUGCAAAAAAUAUUAUAUAAAUAUUCAAAUAGGCCUAUAUGUAUGUAAAAGCGUGUUCAGGAGAGUGAGAGCAGCGGUUUACUCCGGCUCGCACCUUUCUGAGAAACCAAAUGAAAACUCGAUUGAAACACGACUCCUCCUUAUGUGGAGAAAGAAGGACAUUCGAACAACUGGAGAAAGAACGCCAUUCGAUCCACUACAGGAUGAGGAGAUACUAGGCUCACUGAAGAAUUCCCAACUUGAUUCAUUCCAGAGACUAUAAUAUUUAGCAUUCAGUCUCUUUUGAGAAUCUGGUGUCCAGCGAAUAUGCAGAGGCAGCUCCAGUGUGCCUUUCUUGUGGGAUCAGUUUUUGUCACAUUCUUCAUUAUAAUUUUCUGGGAUGAGAUGAGAGAUGGGACUUUUUCCCUACACACGGCUUCAUCACAAAAUCUCACACACCUGAAACUGCGUCAAGCACAUCGUAGACGUGUUAUAAGAGAGCUUUGCUCGGCCAAUAGCAGCCUGAAUUUUAAAGAGAAAUUAAUCACAUUUGACCAGAUUCCGAACAAAGCACUGGACCAUCUCAUUGUGGAUGAUCGUAAUGGUGUUAUUUACUGUUUUGUACCGAAGGUAGCAUGUACCAACUGGAAACGAGUCAUGAUUGUGCUCAGCCAGAACCUGAAGGCACCAAAUGGAGCUCCAUAUCUGGAUCCUCUUGAUGUACCACCAGCGUUAUCCCACGAGUUUUGGAGGCUCUUUGGUAAUUUCUCAAGUCCUUUAAUGCAUCAGAAAGUAAAGAAUUACACAAAGUUCCUUUUUGUACGGGACCCUUUUGUACGACUUAUUUCUGCUUUCCGGAACAAAUUUGCUAAGCCAGAUGAGUAUUUCUACAGAACGUAUGGCUCCACAAUGCUUCAGCGUUAUGCUAAUAUUUCAACCCCCCCUGACUCCGCUCAAGAGGCCUUCGCUGCAGGUAUCAGACUGUCCUUUACUCAUUUUAUUCAGUACCUGUUAGAUCCACAGACUGAGAAGGAGAAGCCAUUCAAUGAACACUGGCAACAGAUGUACAGACUCUGCCAUCCGUGCCAAAUUGACUAUGAUUUUGUUGGGAAGCUGGAAACUCUUGAUGAGGAUACAGAGCAUUUGUUGAAGAUUCUUGGGCUGGAAAAAUAUAUUCACUUUCCCCCAGGGCUUAAGGAUAGGACAUCAGUAGACUGGGAGAGAGACUGGUUUGCAAACAUAUCCAUAGCUGACAGGAGAAAAUUGUACAAUCUUUAUAAAACAGACUUUAAAUUAUUUGAAUACGAGAAACCUGAGACACUUCUGGAUGAGUGAUGAGUAUGGCUAAUUGCUUUUGCAUUGCAGAGAAAUUAUAUUGAAUCCCAUGAAACCUGUCAAGAAUCUCAGUCAUAUUUAAAUUCAGUGCAAGUGUAAGUUAGGGUUUUUUUGCUUUUUUUUUUGUACUCCAGAAAGUUGGUCCGAUAUCAAAAUGAAGCUGGCAAACAAGCAGGUUGAGGAUGCAUUGUCAAUGUUUUGCUAAAAAAAAAAAAAAAAAACAUCUUUGAGGAA